UGAAAAAUGUGACAAGAGUGACAAGGGCAAACGGAAAACAAAUAAGCUAGGUUAUGUUUACCUUGAUUUCAUAUUUCAUGAGUAAAACAUGAAUUUUUCAUUGAAAACAGUGAACACUGAUAUUAGUUAAAACUACGUUGAAAUGGAAGCAGCUUUUAGCAAUGUUAUUAAACAAGUUUUCAAUAACUGGACUGGCCUCAAACUUGCCGUUGAUCAUUCAAUGGGAGGAUCAAAUAGCAAAGAGCUGGCUAUCGAAUGCAUGAAUUUGGUUCAAGAUUAUUGCAUGCAUGAUCCAAAUGUUGAUGAAUAUGACAUUCAAGAGUUCCUUGAUGAUGUUAUGAAUGAAAAGUUUGACACUUUAUUUGAAGAUGAUUCUACAAAGGAAAUUGCUAUCAUUUUGAACAAAUUCCUGCAAUUGCUGAAAGCAGGUGAUUUGCAGACCUAUGAAAUUGAAUACCAAAAUCUUCCAACUGCUAAUUUUGAAUGGUUGAAGGAAACACCUGUGAAUGUACAGCAAACCAAGGUUUCAGGAGAGUCCUCAAGUGAUGAAGAAGAAGAUGAUAUUCCUAUGGAAGAUGAUGGUUGGACAGUUGUAAGAAGAAAAUAAUGACUACUGUAAGACAUAUUUAAGGAUAAAAAAACAAAUAAAAACCAAGUAAAAAACAUUAUUAAUUUGAGUUUAUUUCAAUAAAAUAUCAGUUUUUUGUGACAUUGAUGAAUAUAAUUCAAUCCUAGAGAUGACAUAAAUAUAUCAACUGAAAUCUUCUGGAGUGACUGAAAGAUCAACUCUCUUGCCGUAUCUGCUGAUGGACAUUUUCAGAGUCCUGGAUUCUUUGCUGUUCAAGAUGCUGUAAACAUCAUUUGCAUGCUUGAUUGGUUUUCCAUCUAUGUGAGUGACAAUGUCUCCUGGCUGUAAUCCACCACUGGCAACAAAAAUUAAAUCAAUCAAUCAAUCAAACUUUUAUUGAAUGAGUUUUCUUCUACAA